AUGACUGCCUUAAUUUACUUCGUCGCUUUUGUAUUACUCGGGCAAGUUGGGGCGGAGUUGGUCGAGCUAAACUGCAGUGAUAAUGCAACGUGUAUAGAAAAUCUAGAAAGGAAUUUGUAUACAAGUAUAAAGCAGCACAAGACUGUAAGAUUGUUCGAUGUCCUUACGAUAGAGCCGUUAAGAACAAGACACGCGAGAUCAAACCAGAGCCCUCUGACGCGAUUUCUCACAAGUCACGCUAUUAGCUUCGACUGGAACGACUUUACGUUCAGAUUUUCGAAUGCCGAAGAUAAGAACGAUUCGUUAGAUUUGGAGGUUUUUGAAAAUAGGUCAAGUAAUGAUGAAACAGAGACUGUACGAAUGAAAUCUGUUGUUAAAACGGAUGACGAGAGUGAAGACAAGCUAAAAAAGAUACGCAACAAGAAGAAGAAGAAAGUACAGAAAAAAAAGAUACUUCAGGCGGUAAUUCCCAUUUUGUUUGGUAUGAAGUCCACAGGCGUAAUUAUGUUUGCUCUGGCAAUAGUGACAGCUAUCACUAUUAAGGCAUUCUUCGCAAGCAAGCUGGCGCUUCUUGUAACUGUAGGCAUGGCUAUAAAGAAAUUAUACGAAAGUUACAGUAAUGGCGUCGGUUUACAAAAUAACCCAUAUCUAUACUCGCAAUAUCCGAUUGAUUUUCCGGGCGCAUCAUCGCAAGCGUACUCCGUUAACGGAGCCAAUACGCAAUUUGCGUCCCCAGAGUUGUAUAACCCUACGGGUCUGGGAUCGCAACAGUACACGCAUGAAAUUUUGCAUCAAAAUGAUGUCACUGCACAGCAGUCACAGCAAGCGCCAACCUUGCUGCUGAACUCAACUAGGUCCGCUUCAGAGAGAUGGGAUGGGUACCGGCAACGUCCAAUGUUUUAUGGAACCUCGCGCGCUACUUCAGAAUCCUAUUCGGUCUACCAGAAAUCCCGCCGCUAA